GCCAAGAACUUCUCUUGUCGAAGUUUGAAAGACAAGGCCAAAAACAGGGAGGUGGUCCUGCAGAAGAAGGCUUUGAGAUAUUUAUCCGAGCACCGAAGUAUAUCUGUGGCACCGGCGAAAGUGGUCGCGGCCAUCAACCAGGAAGAGGAUAUUCCGCAACAGCUGACCGUGAAGGUGGAUGAUUCCCACGCAGAGCACUUUCACAACAGCGUGACCGUGUUCGACUGUGUGUUCCGGACGAUGCCACUUUGGCUCACUGUCCUUCUCCUGAUCUUGACCAGGAUCGAACCGCUCGGCCUCAAGUCGCUCUUGCGCGUGGAUGAGCCCGAGAUCGUGAACGGCUCCCUCGGUACUUUGGGCCACUUGCGCAUCUCGGUCGUCGGGCGAUUCUCGCUGACUCAGAUCUUGGGGACCAACCUGGGCUGGACCUACGAGCUCCUCUACAUACCCUUCCUGCUGCCCUUCGUGGCCGCGGGCUGCGCUUCGCUCCUGGUCUUCCGAAAGGAGCUAGAAGCCUCGCCGGGGACAAUCAUCGCGGGUGUGGCGCAACGCAUCAAAGGCCCGGCUGUGGCUUUGAGUGGCGCCUUGAUGUUGGUGGAGCUGCUUCGGACCAGCGAUGCUCUGAAGGAUGCCCCUGCUGCCAUCAUCGGGACACGCUUGUCAGAGACGCUGUCACACGGGUUCGUAGCCCUCUCGUUUCCCUUGGGGGCGCUGGGCUCCUUCUUCUCGGGUUCGACGACAGUGAGCAACCUGACCUUCACUCAGGUGCAGAAGGUCGCUGCGGACACUCUCGGCAUCUCCCCGACUGGAUUAAUUGGUCUCCAGCUGUGUGGUGCCUCCAGCGGGAAUGCUUUUUGCCUCUCCAACAUCAUCGCAGCCACUGCGGUGAUCGGCCUCCAGGUGCCGGAGGGCAUGAUCGUGAAGCGCGUCCUGAAGCCCGUGUGCGCCCAAUUCAUCAUUUGCACCUUGGUUCUCUUGCCCUUUAUCUAUGCCUGA